CACAACCAUAAGGUUUUAAGGGGUGGGAACUGUCCGCGGCGCCACAUUACGUAUAUAAAGGCCUGCUUCGGGUGGGGCUCCUGCUUGCCUCCUAUCCCUCUGACCAGCUAGUUCGUCAGUGCGUUGUCUGAGGUGCCAAGCCGCCUGCCUUCUAUUCUUCUGACCGGCCAGUCUUCAUUGCAUUGUCUGAGUAUAGUCUGGGUAUAAGUUCGGCGAAACGCGAUGGUCUCAUUCUCAGUCUUCCCACGACGCUCGGCAUGGCUCGCCGGAGCUGUCCUCGCAGCGCUGUCAUUCGGGCCCGCCUCCAUUCAAGCCCAAGGCAAUGUCGGAGACCCCGCGGCCGGGAAAAGGCCGGCUGUUAUGGUCACUCCUCCUGCAGGCCCCGUCAAUUCGGCGACUUACACGGCACCUCCCGAACCAAAGUACGACUACGUUGAUGCGCUUCACAAGAGUUUCCUAUUUUACUGGGCCCAGCGCUCGGGCAAGCUGCCUUACCAGCGUCUCGCGUGGCGUGGGGACUCCUUUAUUGGCUUGAAGGGCCCCCAUGGGGAAGAUAUUAGCGGUGGAUGGUUCGAGGCGGCCAACACGAUGAAGUGGGGAGGCCCUUUCGCAUUCACGGCUAUGCAGCUAGCUUGGAACGUCUACGAGUUCGGCGACGCGAUGAAGCAGACCAACGAAUUGAACGAGGCGCUCGCGUGGGUCAGGGUCGGUGCCGAGCAGCUCGUUGGUCUCUACACGACGGACGGAACGACUGAGAGGUUGAUUGGGCUGAUUGGUGACUCUGCUCGUGUUGAGAACGGGAAAAUAGUCGAUGUGGACUUUGGGUAUUUUGGACCACCUGAGGAGUAUCAGCAGUGGGUUCCUGGUGGCCAGCCUCCCGGAGUGUACUACUGUGAGGGAUCGCCGACGGUCAACAAAGGCUGCUCGGGUAUCGCCGGUGACUACGCGGCAGCUCUCGCUCUCAGUUCCUUGGUCCUGCGUCCGUACGACGCCCCGUUUGCAGACCGCUGCUUGGCCGCUGCUCGGUCGAUCUACAGCUUUGGGACAAAGUACGUUGGAACUUAUAGCGAUGCCACAAAGUUCCCCGAACAAGCGUGGAAAAACUAUCAAGAUUGGUACGGGGCUGCUACCGCGGACGACGAAUUGGCUUUGGCUGCCACCUGGUUAUACACGGCGACGAAGGAGAAGGCCUACCUUGAUGCUGCCACAGCCUCGGCUGCGAAGAUCGAUGCAUUUUCAGAGUACUCAUGGGGCGACAAGGGGAUUGCCGUGUACAUCUUGCUCAACAGGAUUGCCCCCAGCGCCGCCCUGCAGACUCAAAUCACCACCACCUUCAGAUCGUAUCUUCCGGGAGGUAGCGUCAAGCGCACCCCUCGUGGACUGGUGUGGAACGAACCCAAAGCAAACACAGUGAUUUGGGGAAGCUUGAGUUACGCGGCGAAUCUAGGGUUUUUGGGGCUAGUUCACGCUAAAGGAUCCCCGGGCGCGCCCACCGACCCCACGUUUGCCACACAGCUACGAACUUUCGCGGUUCAGCAGAUCAACUACAUUCUGGGCGACACCGGUCGGUCGUGGCUGGUUGGGUUUGGCACGAACUUUCCCAAGUCACCCUACCACAAGUCGAGUUACAACUCAUUCAUCGAUUACCCUAUGCGCGGACAACCGCAAGGAAAUGUAGGCUCCGAUUUCCUCAGUGCGACAGCACCGCCCAACCGGUUCAUUCUGUACGGUGCGCUCGAAGGCGGCCCCUGGGAAACCGACGAAUAUGUGGACAAUCGCGCCGACUACACGUUCACCGAAGUCACGCAAGACUACAACGCCGCCUUCACCGGCGCGCUAGCAGGCCUGAUCGACUUCUACGGCCCUUCAAAGUUCAAAAACGCCUCAGACUGCAACCUCGAUCUCGGCUGGAGCCACCCGAACGCGUCCGCUGCAACCCGUCAACCAAAAUACACCAAGGGCGAUUGUUACCAUACCUGUGACCCGUGCAUGGUGGAACUCAGCACGCCUGGUCUCGGUGCGGUUGUUACCAAUGGGGUGCCGAGUACUACGUCGAUCAACCCUGGAAGUACGCCGCCGACGACGGGCACGGCCGGUGGUGACCCCUCUCAGCCUGCGGACCAGCCUGCAAAGGGAAACUCUACGGAAUCCGCCGCUGCAGGGUCUUUUUUUAGGACGCCAGCGGCGAUCAUCACUGCGAUAUUGGUGCUUGGAGGAGUUGCGCUGGUGUUGGGGUGAAAGACAUUGAUGCUGUCAGAUGAGGACACUAUGCUGGGUUGGGGACAUUCUUUUUUCUUUGCUCUGAUUUCUUGGACUUU